CCAGCCCAGAAGGAAGCAGCGACGGGGCACCGAGCAAGGAGAGAUCUCCCGCACCAAAUCCAUCCCAAAUCCCUUGCCCCAAAUUCUAGGGUUUGGAAGGGAAGAGAUCCAGUCGCCGGAACCCUCUUAACCAUAGAAUCCGCUCCCGGAGAUAGCAUGAGCUCCGCGCAAGAUCCAUUCUACAUCGUCCGGGAGGAGAUCCAAGACUCGAUUGAUAAAAUGCAAAGUACUUUCCACCGAUGGGAGCAAACUGCUUCAAACACAGGAGAAUAUGUUCAUCUGACAAAAGAGCUUCUUACCAGCUCUGAAAGCAUCGAAUGGCAGGUAGAUGAGCUGGAAAAGACAAUCUCAGUUGCAUCAAGGGAUCCAGCAUAUUAUGGACUUGAUGAAGUUGAGCUUUCAAGACGACGAAAGUGGACUGGUGCUGCUCGUAAUCAGGUUGGUAUAGUCAGGAGAGCUGUUGAGAAGGGGAAGAACAAUUCAGCAAUCUCAACACAUCAGGACUUAACGGGCACAAGCAGAACCAACUUCUAUUCUGGCCAAGACAACGAUGACUUUAUUGCUUCAGAAUCAGAUAGGCAGCUUCUACUUAUGAGGCAGCAAGAUGAAGAACUUGAUGAGCUCAGUGCAAGUGUUGAAAGGAUUGGAGGUGUAGGGCUAACCAUACACGAAGAGCUGUCUGGACAGGAAAGGGUCCUAAACGACCUAAGUUUGGAGAUGGAAACUACUUCGAACAGACUUGAUUUUGUGCAGAAAAAGGUGGCCAUGGUAAUGAAAAAGGCUGGCAUUAAGGGGCAGAUUAUGUUGAUCGUGUUCCUGGUUGUUGUGUUCAUUAUUCUUUUCGUUUUGGUGUUCUUGACGUAGCCUACCUGCACCAGGCUUCAGUUUUUCUGACGUGUACCUGCUCCUUGUUGUAAGAUGUGCUGGACAUAAAAAUACGAGCUGCUACCCAUCCCUUAUAAAUUUUCUUUUCACG